GACAGCACUGAUGCAUUUGUGAAGACAGCUGGAGAGGGCCUUACCAACCAGGUGGACAAACUACCUCACCGGAAUCCCCACCAUUCCCAACACUCAAACAUCCGAACAACAUGCCCCUGUCCUCCCCCGGACACCCCCGGAGCAUUGCCCUGGACCGUUCUCAGUCUGCUCCAGCCUACAUGCGCCAGGCCGGGGCCCCAACACCAGGGCAGAGCCAAACCCAGCCUGGUUUCCUGGGUCUCUCCAUCCCUGGGCCCUCAUCCCAGAACAUAGCACCUACAGCCAAACAGUCUCCUCUCUCAGACCCAAGCCCUACCAACCCCACCCAGCGACUCCUACCCACCAUCCCCACUCCCCCGGCUCAGGAUCUGUCCACAUGCGCCCCUCCUGCAGACAAGUCUGUGAUUGGCACUCCCACCCUGGGAGGUUCAGACAGUCUGAUCCCUCCAGAGAUGUGUGUCUCUGAGAAGGCAAAUAAUGGCUCCCUGUCCCCCCUCCCAGAGGAAAGCCUCCCAAUUCAGCCCAUGGAGCAGGAGGACAUGUCAGUCAACACCACAGAUCACCGGACAUGUCUGAGUAACCCAAGUCAGCAGAGUGGAGAAGGGGGUUCCCACCGUCCCAUCUCUAAUACCCCAUCACUCACCCUGGAGCCCUGUCUUUCUGGAUCCACAUCUGCAGAGAUGGAGUCUCCCCCUGCCUCCUCCCAGAGCACUGUGCAAUCAGAGAGGGACCAGCCAGAGGGGGAGCGCUGUCCCAACUCCGACCAGAUCCCGUCUCUGGCCCAGGCCCUGCGGGAGCUCCAUGAGCUGCUGGUGUCUAACAGCUGUGGCCUGUCUCCCCAGGACCGCAGUGUCUCCUGCUCCCCCUCACACAGACAGGACGCUGACGGACUGAACGACAACCCCACCGCAGAGCCCCAAACCCUGACGCCUCAAAACACCACACAACCCUCCCCUUUUACUGCCAUUAUAGCUGGUGCAGAACCAUGCGAUGCCAAAGCCAACCAUGCUGCUGCUAUGUCUGACGGAGGGCCUCCUCCUGACUGUGUCCUGCCAGGCACCUCUGGCCAGGAGCAGAGCCUGGAGACUAGGGACAGGGCAGGGGCUGAACCAGGAGCGGGUCAGGGAGAACUAGAACCACAGUGUGCAGACAACUCCAGGGGGGAAGAGAGGGCUGACGGGUAUGGGCUAGAUGCCAGUAAAAACAGAGGGACUGUGUCUGAGGUCCAGAGUCCCUCGCCCUCUUCACUCCAAGCAGACCUGGAGUUCAGGGAGCCCCCGGAGGGGCAGCAGGGGAGGGGCGUGGCAGACGGGAGAGCCUCUGCCAUUGACAACCCAGACACUCCCGGCCUCCAUCCUGAGCCAUCACAGCGGAGCCCUCUGUCCAUGGCUGUGGGUUCACCUGAGGAUGACUCCGGCCUUUCGCCCCGCACUUCCCCCCCUCAGGCCCUGGGCCCCCAACACCCCUCCUCCUCUCCAGCCCCUCUCUUCUCUGCUCCACAUCCCGUUACUGAACAAUUUCCGGUUGAGCACAUCCAGAGGAUCCAGACAGCUGGCUUCUCUGCCAGGGAGGCUGCAGAGGCACUGGAACAGGCCCAGGGCUGUGUGGAGCUGGCUCUGCUGGCUCUGCUGGCCCGCAAGAUCACUGUGCCCACCUAGACACUCACAACAUUACAAUCAUAUGGGAGACCCAGGCUCUUGUCAACAUGGGUUUCAUGUGUACUCUUGUCUUAUUGUUGAUGGUGACAUCUGAACCCCCCCUGGCCUCGCAGCCACUACAUGCUAAAGGGGAAAUGCUUUUUGUCUCUUGGUUUCUCACAGACCAUACAACAACUUAUUUGUUCCUAGAUUGAGCCAAUAUGACCGGAGUUGUGUUUGCAUGCAGCAGUAGUUGGUGCCUAUUUCAUGGAUUUUAUAGAUUGGUAGAUUGAUUUCCUUAAUUCCCCCCCUCGUUUAACCCUGUAUAUGCGUAUUUUAUUCUAAACUCAAUUGAACUGCCCCAUUGACGAGAAAAUGUUGGUAAAUGUUUACAUUUGUAUGUGAAAUGGCAUUUGUUUAAAGGGCUGAAGAUGAACCUAAAAUACUAUGUUAAAAUGUCCGAUUUGUCAGCAGUAUUAUUGCUCCGCUAAACAAUUAAUUUGUUUUUAAAUUGAUGUUUGAUUUUAACUCUACUCCGAUUCUGAUAAGACCCACCAGACAGUAAACAUAUUACACUCUGGAAAUGACUGCAUUUAAGAAGCAUUGCUAACUGCUGAUCUUUUGUCUUUUUCUGCCGAUUGUUAGCAUUAUGUAAUAUGACAUUCUCUCAGUCAUAUGAUUAUUGCCAAUGCUGGGGAACCUGGGUGUUUUCAUGUUUAAAACAGCUUGCACAAGAAAAUAAAUCAAGCAGCACUCUUACUUUCAGCACGAUUUUGUUGAUAGAGGAACAUCAACAUAGCCAAGGAGUUAAGAGUAUUGAAUAUUUCUGGGGAUGCAGGUAAAGGAUGAGGUCUUCAAAUAUAACAGCAUGUAUAACAUCUUUGGAAAUGUGAUAUGGUCAUUAAUAGAGGGGGUUUGGUAGUUCCUGUUCACUUUCAGACAUCUAUCAUACAUGCAGAACUGGAAACUUCUCCCACAGUCCAAGUCUACCCUAUCCAGCUGUCAGAUCAUUCAUUCAUAUCCAUUAUCAACUUUGUUUUUUUAAAUUGCAUUAUCUGGAUCAUAUUCAUAUACCAACAACAUCGUGGCAGGUUUAAUUAUUUAGGUUUUCUUGUACUCAAUUUAAACUCCCAAAUAAAGUCAAACUGGUUCUUUG